GCCCCAGGUCCCGGUGACGCGCGGAGGGGGUUGUCACGUGGGUCGGGCUGGCUGUGCGACUCGGCCCUGGGCGCCCCUGGUCACCGGCUCCCGCGCCUACUGUCUGCCCCUCGCUGCCAGGUGCCCUGAACCUGCCAGACUGGGUGCGCUCCUGAGCGCCCCGCGAGGGCCAUGGAUUGCGAGACGGCAGAGGAGCAGGGUGGCCUUGGGCUCCCUCCUGGGGCCCCCGGUGGACCCAGCUCGUGCGGUGCUCCAGCCCUCAGGGGGCGGCGGGAGCCCAAGAAGUACGCGGUGACCGAUGACUACCAGUUAUCCAAGCAGGUACUGGGUCUAGGUGUGAAUGGCAAGGUGCUGGAGUGCUUCCACCGGCGCACCGGGCAGAAGUGUGCCCUGAAGCUCCUGUACGAUAGCCCCAAGGCCCGGCAGGAGGUGGACCACCACUGGCAGGCCUCGGGUGGGCCCCACAUUGUGUGCAUCCUGGACGUGUAUGAGAACAUGCAUCACGGCAAGCGCUGCCUCCUCAUCAUCAUGGAAUGCAUGGAAGGUGGUGAAUUGUUUAGUAGGAUUCAGGAGCGUGGCGACCAGGCUUUCACUGAGAGAGAGGCUGCAGGGAUAAUGCGGGACAUUGGCACCGCCAUUCAGUUCCUGCACAGCCAGAAUAUCGCCCACCGAGAUGUCAAGCCUGAAAACCUGCUUUACACAUCCAAGGAGAAAGAUGCUGUGCUUAAGCUCACUGACUUUGGCUUUGCCAAGGAGACCACCCAAAAUGCUUUACAGACGCCCUGCUACACUCCCUAUUAUGUGGCCCCUGAGGUCCUGGGUCCAGAGAAGUAUGACAAGUCCUGUGACAUGUGGUCCUUGGGUGUCAUUAUGUACAUUCUCCUGUGUGGCUUCCCACCCUUCUAUUCCAAUACGGGCCAGGCCAUCUCCCCAGGGAUGAAGAGGAGGAUCCGCCUGGGCCAGUAUGGCUUCCCCAAUCCUGAGUGGUCUGAGGUCUCCGAGGAUGCCAAGCAGCUGAUUCGCCUACUGCUGAAGACAGACCCUACAGAGAGGCUGACUAUCACCCAGUUCAUGAACCAUCCCUGGAUCAAUCAAUCAAUGGUGGUGCCACAGACCCCACUCCACACGGCCCGAGUACUGCAAGAGGACAAAGACCACUGGGAUGACGUCAAGGAGGAGAUGACCAGUGCCCUGGCCACCAUGCGGGUCGAUUAUGACCAGGUGAAAAUCAAGGACCUGAAGACCUCUAACAACCGGCUCCUCAACAAGCGGAGAAAAAAACAGGCAGGCAGCUCCUCAACUUCACAGGGCUGCAACAACCAGUAGUCCAUGGAGUCUUGGAGGAGCCAGGCCUUGACCUGGGUGACAGACUGCAUUGUGCCAAGACUCUACCAGAGGGCUCAGGGUCAUUUUAACACAAGGAUUAUUUGUUGUUUUUCACUUAGACCUUUGAGAUGGAUGAUCUGGAGCCAAAAUUUUCAGAGCUGCAACCCAGACUCUGGCCUCACAGAGAGCCCCCUGCUGAAUCAAAGCACUUUUGGCCAAGGUGGGACUUGUCUUGCUCUGAGCUGGGGACAUGACUUUAGCCUUCUAGGCCACUGGGAAUUGUGGCUGGGUUUCCCUUCUUCAAGGGAGAUAGCCCCCUGCUGGGCAGGCAGAUAGACUUGGCUCUGAGAAAGGAUCUGGCCAUCGGUUGCCAUGGUGAUCAGGGACCAUGUUAGUCUCUAAAUGCUGAGUGUAACAAGGGAGAGAGAAGGGACAAUCAAGAGUCUACCUCUGUCUUCUUGGGGAGUCUGGUCUCUCUUACACUGGCUGCCCCUCUCAAACUCACCCCUCUUUGAUGUCCCUGAGGCUGAGGGUCUAGCUUAUCUGCCUCUUUUGGUGUUCCAGCCCUGCUUUGCUGCAGCCCAAAUCCAGAUGACACGCAGAGCUUUCCCCCAAGAAGUCCCUGGGUUGGCCAUCUUAUCACUACCCACUACUCAAAGGGUGGUUUUUCAUCUCAGCCAAAGGUGGAGACAUUUAACCUUUUCCCACUUUGGAAAAAGUCACUGUGACAAAAGUCCCCAGCCCCACCUCACCAGAUCUGUCCUCUCUAAAUCCCAGGUAGGAAAGCCCUUCUACUGAUGGCGGGCUGAAAGUUGGUAUACUUUUGUGAGAGGUUAUAGUUGGAUUCCUAUUAACCAGGAAUCUCUUUCCAUGCUCUAGGUCAGACCUGAGGUAGUAGAGGGUUACUGAUCUACUUAAGUAGAUCCUGGCUACAACCUGAGUUGGAGUUCUUCCUGGCCAAUUCAGGGUUAUCCAGCUCCACCCAACCUGGAGUAUACUUGAGAUGCUAAGUACUUGAUAGGGGGCCUGACAAGUACCUGACACUCAGUGUAAUUCUUGGUUCCUGGCCUCUUGCACUGACUGGGAAUUCCUAGACCAGUGAUAGCUAACCUUUUAGCGUUUUCAGUGAUACAAACAACCUGCUGUGGCAUGAAUGCCAUAGGUUCAUCACCACUGCUCUAGAUGGUGUCAGCCAGGACAGUGCUGCCGAGUUUUAUAUCUGGAUAUUAAUAA